AUGUACACCUUCUGUAGUUACUCUACAGAUUUUGAAGUACACAGGAACUGGCUGGCCAUCACCCACAGCUUGCCUCUCUCUCAGUGGUACUAUGAAGCAACUUCAGAAUGGACCCUGGAUUAUCCACCUUUUUUUGCUUGGUUUGAAUAUGCACUGUCACAUGUGGCCAAGUACUUUGACCCCCAGAUGUUGGUUAUUGAAAAUCUAAAUUACACCAGUCAUGCAACCAUCUUCUUCCAAAGACUUUCUGUCAUCUUUACAGAUAUCCUGUUCAUAUAUGCAGUUUAUGAGUGCUGCAGAUGUGUAAAUGGAAAACGAGCUGCAAAGGAUAUCCUGGAGAAACCAACAUUUAUUCUUGCCGUUCUGCUCUUGUGGAAUUUUGGGUUGUUAAUUGUGGAUCAUAUUCACUUCCAGUACAACGGCUUUCUCUUUGGGCUGAUGCUUCUUUCUGUUGCUCGGCUGUGUCAGAAAAGAUACUUAGAGGGAGCUCUUCUUUUUGCUGUUCUUCUGCAUUUCAAACACAUCUACAUGUAUGUGGCCCCAGCAUAUGGCAUUUAUUUAUUGCGAUCCUACUGCUUUACUGCAAAUAAUGCAGAUGGAUCUCUGAAGUGGAGAAGUUUCAGCUUUCUUCAUGUAACUCUUCUGGGACUGAUCGUCUGUCUUGUUUCUGCUCUUUCAUUGGGCCCCUUCCUAGUAUUGGGACAACUGCCUCAAGUCAUCUCACGGCUGUUCCCCUUCAAGCGAGGCCUCUGCCAUGCCUAUUGGGCCCCAAACUUCUGGGCUUUGUACAAUGCCAUGGAUAAAGCACUAACAAUUCUGGGUUUAAAAUGCAAUUUUCUUGAUCGCACAAAAAUCCCUAAAGCCUCCAUGACAGGAGGGCUGGUUCAAGAGUUUCAGCAUACUGUCCUCCCUUCAGUGACUCCACUGGCAACACUGAUCUGUACUGCUAUAGCUAUAUUGCCCUCUGUUUUCUGUCUUUGGUUUAAACCUCAAGGGCCCAGAGGCUUUCUACAGUGCCUUGUUCUUUGUGCGUUGAGCUCCUUCAUGUUUGGCUGGCACGUGCACGAGAAAGCAAUACUCCUUGCUAUUCUGCCUUUAAGCUUGUUGUCUAUUCAGAGAGCCAAGGAUGCUGGCAUCUACCUGAUUCUGACAACAACAGGGCAUUUCUCACUUUUUCCAUUGCUGUUCACACCAUCAGAACUUCCACUUAAAAUACUACUUAUGCUGCUGUUUACUGUUUAUAGCUUCUCUUCGCUGAAAUCUCUAUUCAGGAGAGAGAAGCCUCUUCUUAACUGGCUUGAAACAAUCUACCUCGUCCAACUAGUGCCUUUGGAAAUCUUCUGUGAAGUCAUAUUUCCUCUGACCCCCUGGAAAUGGCAUUUUCCCUUUGUCCCUCUGUUGCUGACCUCUGUGUACUGUGCUCUGGGCAUCACAUACACUUGGCUGAAACUCUAUGUCUCUGUCUUGACCGAGAGAAUUUCUGUCAGACAAAAGGCUGAGUAAAGCCACAGUGCUGGGACCAGUCCCAGGAUAUCCCUUUGAGGGGAUUACUGGCACGGUGAGGGGUCUUCACAAGGACAUACAACUCUGGAUAAGACAU